GUGCACGUGCAUGCAUGCGAUGAGUUGCUAUAGCGACGCGUGUUAUGAAUUCUGACUGAAUAUAUACACUCGAACCGAUCACUGUCUGUUGUUUGAGAGACGAGGCGAAUUUACAGACUUUUGCAGAGUAUUUUCUGUGCGAAUCUUGUGACUUGGAAGCUGUUGGAGGAUUUCUGAGAGGAGACUUUUAUUCUAGAAGACAUCGCAGGAUAUAUCCUUUUUAUAUAAAGUUACAUUUUUGAAAGAGUUCCUAUUAUUUUUGAGGAUACUUUUAUUUCAUUGUUCUUCUCUUAGUUUAGAAGGAGUUUGUUUUUAUUUCUUUUUUUUUUUUAAUUAAUUUUUGUUUUGUUUUAUUUUUUUAUUUUCUGUGGAGGAGUAUUUCUGAGGAGAGUUGUAUUUUAUUGUAUUGCAUUUUGUAUUGUAUUUUGUAUAGUUUUUAUUGCAGAUUGCAGGAAGAUGGCUCACAUGAUGGGUGAAAGAGGAGAUUCCUGCUGCUCCAGUAGCUCUGAUUGACUUCUCCUCAGCAAAAGCAAAAAAAAUAAAGCUUGACCGUUCCAUUGAUGGCAGGACAACUGACAACAAGAACACCAGAGACUCUGCAGCUUCCCCCCAAAGAGCUUGGAGAGCUAUGCCAGGAUUUCCAGCUAGAAGAGCUCACCCUGUCUCAAGUUCAGGCUGUAGAGAGGGCAACUCGAAGUCAGAGUGCAAGCAGGGUUUGGUUUAGGCAAAGAGCAGGACGUGUAACGGCCUCAAAGCUGAAACAAGUUCUUAAGACCAACCCCCAGCAGCCAUCCAAGAGCUUGAUCAAGGGCAUAUGCUACCCAGAAGCAUAUAGGUUCACCACAGCCGCUACAAGUUAUGGAUGCAAACAUGAAGCACAAGCCAGAGGAGCAUAUGAGAAGCUGAUGGUUCGGGAGCAUGCAGGCUUCUCCUGUAUGGACAGUGGUCUCUGGCUGAACCCCAAGUGGCCAUACAUGGGGUCCUCCCCUGAUGGGAUUGUCGCUUGUGACUGUCACGGAACUGGCAUCUGCGAGAUUAAGUGCCCACACUCUCACCAGGAUGAAGCCAAUCUGCGCAUGUGUGCAGGGGAAAAGAGUUUCUGCCUCAUCAAUGAUGGAGAUAAUGUUAAACUGGACCGAAGUCAUGACUACUACUACCAAGUUCAGGCACAGCUUCACAUUGUAGGUGCUGAGUACUGUGACUUUGUUGUGUGGAACUGUAAUGACAUUUUUGUGGAAAGGAUUUUGCCUGAUUUUGAACUUUGGGAUGAUGUGAUUCCUAAAGUUGAGUGCUUUUUUAGAAACUGUUUACUUCCAGAAAUACUGGGACAGCAAGUUACAAACUUACAUGUGUAAAAUAUGAUGAAACGUUAUGUACUUAGUUCCAGGCACUCUUGAAAGUGGGCUGUGUGAUACAUUGCCGUUAUAUCAAUACUGUUGUAUGAGACAUGACAUUUUGAAUAUUGUUAUGAUUAAAUGCUAUUGAGAAUAC